UGUCUCUCUGUGUCCCUGUGUCUCCCCGUGGCCCUGUGUGUCUCUGUGUGUCCCCGUGUCCCCGUGUCCCCGCAGGCUCCUGACUGCAGCGUGGCCGGGCUGGGGGAGAAGGUGCUGCUGUUCCGUCACGAGCCGGGGUCGGAGAACGUGCUGCGCAGGCUGAGUGGAGGAGACGCCCUGCAGGAGGGGGACCUGAUCGAGGUGGUGCUGUCAGGCUCCGCCUCCCUGACCGCGCUGAAGCUGUGCCCUCACGCGCUGGCGGUCCACUCCUACCGGACGCCCACCUUCUGCCAUCACUGCGGGGAGAUGCUCUGGGGUCUGGUGCGCCAGGGGCUAAAGUGCGCAGGUAGGCCCAGGAGGUCCAUUCCCAUUGUCGCUCCCAAUCCCAUUCCCAUUGUCGCUCCCAUUCCCAGUCCCAUUCCCAUUGUCACUCCCAGUCCCAUUCCCGUUGUCGCUCCUAUUCCCAAUCCCAUUCCCAUUCCCAUUGUCUCUCCCAUUCCCAUUAUCAGACCUGUUCCCAUUCCCUUUCUCUUUGCCUUUCCCAGUCCCACUCCCAUUCCCAUUCCCACUCCCUCUCCUUCUCCCAAUCCCGUUCCCAUGGCCGUUCCCGCCGUGUGUCUGAGCGCGCCUCCUCUGCCUGCAGACUGCAAGCUGAACUGCCACCGCAGCUGCGCCCCCCUGGUGCCCAGCGCCUGCCCGGGAGAGAAGAGCCCCCCCAACGGGCAGGGUGAGGAACCGCAGGCUCUGACCGGGCCCCGCCCGUCGUGGACUCUUGAGGCUGACCUGAGCUCAAACGCUGAUGCAGAGGAGGCCUCCGGUCUGACCGGUGAGGCCAGCGAGGAGCCCAGCUUCGAGCAAGACCCGUUUGCUGACGAGGAGGGGCCGGGGCCUGGGUCGCCAAUCAGCCCCUGCUUCAGCAGCAACAUCCCCCUGAUGCGCCUGGUGCAGUCGGUGCGCCAGUGCAAGAGGAGAGGCAGCGGCACGCUGCGGGAGGGCUGGCUACUGCACCACACCUGCGCCGACCCGCUGAGGAAACGGCACUACUGGCACCUGGACAGCAAGAGCAUCACCCUGUUCCAGAACGACACCGGCACCAAGUUCUACAAGGAGCUGCCCCUGUCUGAGAUCCUGCAGGUGCGCGGCCCUGGUCACCUCUCUGUGGCCACAGGGGACGCCGGCGGUCACUCCUUCGAGCUGGUCACCAGCUCCCUGACCUACUGCGUCUCCGAGAGCGGAGCGGCCGGGGGCGAGGCCCUGGGGUGGGAACGGGCCGUCCGCCAGGCCCUGAUGCCCGUCCACGGCUCUGCCCAACUGGGCCAGGACCGCGAGGGAACGGGCUCCCGGGCCGAGGAGAGACCGGUGGACAUCAGCACAGUGUAUCAGAUUUUUGCGGACGAGGUGCUGGGAUCGGGGCAGUUUGGGAUCGUGUACGGAGGUGAGCCGCCGGGCUGGGAUCCUGCGGCCCCUGUGCCACUCUUUCAGAACCUCCAUCACCCUGGGGUGGUCAACCUAGAGGGCAUGUUCGAGACCCCCGAGCACAUCUUCGUUGUCAUGGAGAAGCUCCAUGGUGACAUGCUGGAGAUGAUCCUGUCCAGCGAGAGGGGCCGACUGCCGGAGCGCACUGCCCGCUUCCUGGUCACUCAGAUCCUGGAGGCUCUGCGCUAUCUGCACUUCAAGAACGUCGCCCACUGCGACCUCAAGCCCGAGAACGUCCUGCUGGCCUCUCCUGACCCUUUCCCACAGGUGAAGCUGUGCGACUUCGGCUUCGCCCGGAUCAUCGGGGAGAAGUCCUUCCGGCGCUCGGUGGUGGGCACCCCCGCCUACCUGGCGCCCGAGGUGCUCGGCGCCCACGGCUACAACCGCGCGCUGGACAUGUGGGCGGUGGGCGUGGUGCUGUACGUCAGCCUGAGCGGCACCUUCCCCUUCAACGAGGACGAGGACAUCGGCCAGCAGAUCCGCAGCGCCGCCUUCAUGUACCCCGAGAACAUCUGGGCGCACGUCUCCCCGGAAGCCAUCAGCCUCAUCAGCCACCUGCUGCAGGUGGCCGUGAAGCGAAGGUUCAGCGUGGGCAAGGCCCUGGGACACCCCUGGCUCCAG